AACGCGCUCGUCGUUGUACAGCAACUACCACAGCUUUCUUGCGCCGUCAAGAAAGCUCUCCAGCACCCGCUGCCCACUUAUGGCUCACGCCCCACACGCCGCCAUGUCGACGGCCACCUCCUCCGCCAGUAUCCCCAUCGUGCGCGACAGCGCCGAUAUCUCGGGCACUGCCUUGUUCGAGAAGCGCGCCAACGCGCUCUUGACUCCUCCCUCCUCCAUCAGUCCCGAGCUGGCCGCCCACCCGCUGCACGCCUGCGCCCUGUCACCGCCGCCCAUCAAUAUCGAGCGCGAUACCGAUAUGCUGGACGGCCAUGCCGUCGAGGGCACCAGUCUCCCCAGCGGAGGUGGCACUCCUCUGAGCAGAGGCGCACUCUCGAGCCUCGACGGCGCCGUCACCAUCACCCCGAGCUUCCUCGCGAGGAACCAUCUGCCUCGCAUCUUGCUCGGCGGUGGGCCGAGAGCUAUUCGCCACGUCAUGGGCGAGCUCAACCAUACCGUGCCCGGCUUCUCUCGCAUACCACCUGCCAAGGCUCGUCGUAUCGUGGUCGCAGCUCUGGAGAGUCGCGACGGGGGUGGCGUCGAUGGCAGCGUAUCGUUUAGCAAGACGGGCUGGGGCCGCUGGGAUGCUCACGUUAAAGGCUCAGACUCUGGGGUCAACUACUUCCACGAUGGGAACCUUUCGCCUCCUCGCAGCGAGCAUGGCAGCUAUGCGCCGUCGUACAACGACUCUGCCAUUCAUAUCCCGCCGGGACACAUACACGCUCAGAGAAGAGAGCCCUAUUCUGGCGGCAGCUGGACCGCAUCCAGCAUUCGAGAAGAGGAUGAGCUCGAUAUGGACAUGGAUCCCGCCGAAGACGCUGCCGACAACAUGUCACUCGAUAGCGACUCGAGCGACUCCUCGGAAACCAACGACGAGACUGACAAUGAGGACUGGACCACUGUUGGCGUCGAGGCGUUGCGGAAGGCUUCACUGCCCACUCCGAAUGCCCCAAUCCAGAACUACCGCAAGGUCUCUGCUCCAUAUACCGGCAGAUAUGCGACACGAACGGGAAGCCGAGGGCCUCUCAUACCAACUGCUCGUACUGCAUUCUCUUCUUCUGUCCCCAGUUGCGACUACCGAGGGCUUGGCGCCGUACAGUCGCCGGCCGAGCGCGAUGCGGUGGCCGCACUGCUGAGCAUGGGCAGCAUGUGAGCAUUCUCACGUCUCCCGCUCCGUGUGCCCACGAGACACAGACACCGAUUUUGACUACCCCUCUCUCCCUCCUGUUAUGAACGAUACUGGGCACCAGUCUUCCUACUCAAGUGCUGAUGGAAGAUCCUGGAUUGACAUGGGUGGCGUUCGAUCUCUCAUCCCCUUUCACUGAUUGGAAAGACGAUACUUUUUUUUUAUCCCUAUGGAACACAGAACUACCAAAUCGACACUCUGCGCCCAGGUGCAAGGUACCCCAGCCACAGGCGCCGCGUGUUGAUUACGAACAUUUCACAACCAACGAGAACCAGCAGCUGGAUCACGUUGGCUUCCACAUAACGACGACAUUUUCCCCCGACUUUCCCCGACAUGGAAUAAUUGACGAUACGAAUGACGAAAGUCGUUCGUAUCAGGCAAUUCCAAGUAUGUACCUACCUACCUACCUACGAAACAUUUACAAGCGAGCUGCAUCCACGUAACGAUGACGAUCUUGAGCUCGCGCCUGCUGAGCUCGAUGGAGUAACGACGAUGUACUCGGUUUGUGCGCCGAGGGCGAGGAUGCUAGGUGCAGAGGCACAGGCACAGGCAUAGGCGGAUUUCAUAACCACUCUGGAAAUGCAGAAUUGCAGAUGACAUGAAACGUUGGAAUAUGAGCUUCUUGGUUUUGACGCUGCGGCCGGCAUGUCGUCUCAUUGAUUUGAGUACGCGCGGCUAUUAGUCAAGCACGAAGAAUGACCCUGGAUAGAUGUAGUGAAAGUCAUUGCGACUAUUCCGAAUUUCAACGGUUAUGAACCUCCAUUCUUUCCCGCUGAUACGGGCAUGUGCCCAUCUAUUUCCAUUUCGUGACUCACCCCACUCGAGCCAAGCAGUCGUCCAGCAUGCGCCACACUUUUUCCGCGUCCAACAAUCUCGGUAUUCUC